UAUUUUAAUCUUUAUUUAUGCAGGGACUCAAAUCAUUAGCUCCCACUGAACCCCCAGAUCCGAUUUUUGGGACAAGUAAACCUGCUCCAGGUUUACCAGCAACUGAACCUUUCUUGGGUACAAACAAGGUGCCAGACCUACAGAAAGUUUUUCAGAGAUCAGAUGGGCUGCCAAUACACCUGAAGCGAGGAUAUCCAGAUAGGAUGCUCUAUCGGACCACGAUGGCUCUGACAAUAGGAGGGACUAUCUACUGUCUGGUAGCACUGUACAUUGCUUCACAGCCAAAAAACCAAAAAUAAAGGAACCACACCUCAUGGGACUUUCAGCACUCCUCUGAAGGAUCUCCUGCAUGUACCACUGCACUUAAACCUGUUCCCUGUGGUCACAUAGGGUUCAUCAGAUUUCUUGGAGAAAAUGUUUUUAAAUCGGUUGCCUUAUGUAUUCUGAAACACCAAUAUAAACAGAGAAAUAUAUUAUUUUAGCAUA